AUGCUAGCCGCUUCUUCAACAACGUCGGCAUCGGCUGAGCAGCGCGACACCGACCCUGAAACGCCCAAUACGUCUGGCAUUGAAAUCGUUGAGCAUACCCCUCCCGACGGUGGCUACGGCUGGGUGUGCACCAUCUGCUCUUUCAUCAUCAAUGCCUGUACCUGCGGGGUUAACUCAGCGUGGGGAGUUUUCCUGGACUGGUACACGGUCUACAACACGUUCUCCCACGCGACUGAGUUUGAAUACGCCAUGAUUGGCGGCCUAGCUGUCUCGCAGGCACUUUUGAUCUCGCCCAUUUGCGUUGCUCUCCAGGACAAGGUUGGGUCAAGAGUCACGAUGCUGUUGGGGGCCGCCAUACAAUUUGCAGGGCUGACUGCCUCAUCCAAUGCAACCACGAUCUGGCAUCUUUUUGUGUCUUAUUCUCUUUGCUUCGGUUGGGGACAAGGUCUUCUUUACAUUCCCGCCAUGUCUCUCUGGCCGCCCUGGUUUUCGAAGCGUCGCAGCCUUGCCCUCGGCCUUGCUACUUCCGGUGUCGGAUUCGGCGGCUUUGCAUUCAAUCUCAUUACUGGCCGUCUCAUCAGCAGCGUCGGAAUACUUUGGGCAUGGCGUAUCCUCGGGUACAUCUGCAUAGCCGGCAACACCAUCUGUGCCCUUCUCUUCCCUACGUUUGGGGUUGCCAUUUCGCUGCAGAUGGUCAAAGGUCAUGGUAUCGAAGAGUUCUUGCCAUCUCAAAUCUACAUCGGCAUCACAUUCCUUGUUGGCGCAUCUUUCCUCUGGUGUCUGAGGGCCUGGAAGCUUUUCGAUGUUGAGAAAAGGCAGGCUGCCGAAUGUCACUCAGCACCUGAAGACACGGAAAUAGCAGGAAGGGUAUCUAUGGUGAUUUCCAACAGCUCUUUUUGGCUCACUCCCAAGCGCUUAUUUCUCCUCGAGAGAGCUUGA